GCGGGAGGUGGCUGCCAGGGUGGGAGGUGUGUGCGCGCGUGUGCCGCGCCGUAGGGAGCUGCGGGUCUCACCGCCCGCUGUCAGCUAGCUCAGCGCAGCGGCGCGAUGGCUGGAGGAGACGCGCGGGACCAGCCCCGUGGGGCCGGCCGCGGGUGAGCCCCUCGCCGCCUCCAGCGAGCAUGUCACCUCCAGCCUGCGAGGUCGCUUUCGCUAGCAGUGUCCGUGCCUCCGCCUCCUGCAGCCGCAGACGCUGCCUGGAGCUGUGGCCCCCGGACCCCCGCCCCUGAUCCGCGCCCAGACCCUAGUGCCAGAGGACCAUGGCUGGCCAGGGCGACUGCUGCGUCAAAGUGGCCGUCAGGAUCAGGCCCCAGCUGUCAAAGGAGAAGAUUGAAGGCUGUCACAUCUGUACCUCCGUCACCCCUGGGGAGCCCCAGGUCCUGCUGGGGAAGGACAAGGCCUUCACCUAUGACUUUGUCUUUGACCUGGACACCUGGCAGGAGCAGAUCUAUUCGACCUGUGUGAGCAAGCUCAUCGAAGGCUGCUUUGAGGGCUACAAUGCCACAGUGCUGGCCUAUGGACAGACAGGGGCUGGGAAGACGUACACUAUGGGCACCGGCUUUGACACAGUGACAUCAGAAGAGGAGCAGGGCAUCAUCCCAAGGGCCAUUGCACACCUCUUCAGGGGCAUCGAUGAACGCAAGCGGCGGGCACAGGAGAAGGGCGUGACUGGGCCCGAGUUCAAAGUCAGCGCCCAAUUCCUGGAGCUCUACAACGAAGAGAUCCUUGACCUGUUCGAUAGCACCCGUGACCCGGAUGCCCGCCACCGCAGGUCCAACAUCAAGAUCCAUGAGGAUGCCAACGGUGGCAUCUACACCACAGGCGUCACUUCUCGUCUCAUCAACUCCCAAGAGGAGCUGAUCCAGUGCCUGAAGCAGGGCGCCCUGUCACGCACCACAGCCAGCACCCAGAUGAACGUUCAGAGCUCCCGAUCCCAUGCCAUCUUCACCAUCCACCUGUGCCAGAUGCGCGUGUGUGCCCAGCCUGACCUGGUGAAUGAGACGGUGACGGGGCUUCCGGACGGAGCAGCCCCCACCGGCACUGAGUAUGAGACACUCACUGCUAAGUUUCACUUUGUGGACUUGGCCGGCUCUGAGCGGCUCAAGAGGACAGGAGCCACAGGCGAACGGGCCAAGGAGGGCAUCUCCAUCAACUGUGGUCUGCUGGCCUUGGGCAAUGUGAUCAGCGCCUUAGGGGACCAGGGCAAGAAGGUAGUGCACGUGCCCUACAGGGACUCCAAGCUUACUCGGCUGCUCCAAGACUCUCUGGGGGGCAACAGCCAGACCAUCAUGAUCGCCUGCGUGAGCCCCUCAGAUCGGGACUUCAUGGAGACGCUGAACACUCUCAAAUAUGCCAACCGGGCUCGCAACAUCAAGAACAAGGUGGUGGUGAACCAGGACAAGACCAGCCAGCAGAUUAGCGCGCUGCGAGCCGAGAUUGCGCGCCUGCAGAUGGAAUUGAUGGAGUACAAAGCGGGCAAGCGGGUGAUUGGGGAGGAUGGUACAGAGGGUUACAGCGACCUGUUCCGGGAGAAUGCCAUGCUGCAGAAAGAGAAUGGCGCUCUGCGGCUUCGAGUGAAGGCCAUGCAGGAGGCCAUUGAUGCCAUCAACAACCGGGUCACACAGCUCAUGAGCCAGGAGGCCAACCUGCUUCUGGCCAAGGCUGGUGACGGCAACGAAGCCAUUGGUACUCUGAUCCAGAACUACAUCCGGGAGAUUGAGGAGCUGCGAACCAAGCUCCUGGAGAGUGAGGCCAUGAAUGAGUCCCUCCGCCGAAGCCUCUCGCGGGCUUCCACUCGUAAUCCCUACUCCCUGGGAGCAUCUCCAGCAGGUCCAGCCUUCGGGGGCAGCCCGGCCAGCUCCAUGGAAGAUGCUUCUGAAGUGAUCCGAAGGGCCAAGCAAGACCUGGAGCGGCUGAAGAAGAAAGAGGUCAGGCAGCGGAGGAAGAGCAGCCCAGAAAAAGAAGCCUUCAAAAAGAGGGCAAAACUCCAUCAGGAGAACAGUGAGGAGACGGAUGAGAAUGAGGCCGAGGAGGAGGAGGAAGAGAGAGAAGAGAGUGGCUGUGAGGAGGAGGAAGGACGUGAGGAUGAGGAUGAAGACUCGGGCAGCGAAGAGAGCCUGGUCGACUCAGACUCGGACCCUGAAGAAAAGGAAGUCAACUUCCAGGCCGACCUGGCGGACCUGACUUGUGAGAUUGAGAUCAAGCAGAAGCUGAUUGACGAGCUGGAGAACAGCCAGCGGCGGCUGCAGACCCUCAAGCACCAGUACGAGGAGAAGCUGAUCCUGCUGCAGAACAAGAUCCGGGACACGCAGCUGGAGCGCGACCGCGUGCUGCAGAACCUCAGCACCAUGGAGUGCUACACGGAGGAGAAGGCCAACAAGAUAAAGGCGGAUUAUGAGAAGAGGCUGCGCGAGAUGAACCGGGACCUGCAGAAGCUGCAGGCCGCUCAGAAGGAGCAUGCCAGGCUCCUCAAGAACCAGUCCCGCUACGAAAGGGAGCUGAAGAAGCUGCAAGCGGAGGUCGCCGAGAUGAAGAAGGCCAAGGUGGCCCUCAUGAAACAGAUGCGUGAGGAGCAGCAGCGGCGACGACUGGUGGAGACCAAGAGGAACCGGGAGAUUGCUCAGCUCAAGAAAGAACAACGGAGGCAGGAGUUUCAGAUACGGGCCCUGGAGUCUCAGAAGCGUCAGCAGGAAAUAGUCCUGAGGAGGAAAACCCAGGAGGUUUCUGCCCUGAGGCGCUUGGCGAAGCCCAUGUCUGAGCGAGUGGCUGGGCGUGUAGGAUCGAAGCCCCCCAAUUUGGAUUCUGGGGCUGAGGUGUCUGCCAGCACGACCUCGUCUGAGGCUGAAUCGGGAGCUCGCUCUGUCUCCAGCAUAGUGCGUCAGUGGAACCGAAAGAUCAACCACUUCCUGGGGGACCACCCUGCAGCCGCUGUCAACGGUACCCGCCCAGCCAGGAGAAAGUUCCAGAAGAAGGGGGCCAGCCAAAGCUUCAGUAAGGCCGCAAGACUCAAGUGGCAGUCCCUGGAGCGGAGGAUCAUCGACAUCGUCAUGCAGAGGAUGACCAUUGUCAACCUGGAGGCUGACAUGGAGCGUCUCAUAAAGAAAAGGGAGGAGCUCUUCCUUCUGCAGGAGACGCUUCGGAGGAAGCGGGAGCGUCUGCAGGCUGAGAGCCCCGAGGAGGAGAAGGGGCUGCAGGAGCUGGCUGAGGAGAUCGAAGUGUUGGCAGCCAAUAUUGACUACAUCAAUGACAGCAUCACUGACUGCCAGGCCACCAUCGUGCAGCUGGAGGAGACCAAGGAGGAGCUGGACUCGACAGAUACGUCAGUGGUCAUUAGCUCCUGCUCCCUAGCUGAAGCCCGCCUACUGCUAGACAACUUCCUCAAGGCGUCCAUUGACAAGGGACUCCAGGUAGCCCAGAAGGAAGCCCAGAUCCGGCUGCUGGAAGGACGGCUGAGACAAACAGACAUGACAGGCGCUUCCCAGAACCACCUUCUCCUAGAUGCUUUGCGUGAGAAGGCCGAGGCACACCCUGAGCUGCAGGCCCUCCUCUAUAAUGUGCAGCAGGAGAACGGCUAUGUGAGCACAGACGAGGAAGUCUCCGAGUUCUCUGAGGGAAGCUUUUCCCAGUCAUUCACCAUGAAAGGCUCCACCAGCCAUGAUGAUUUCAAGUUCAAGGGUGAGCCUAAGCUAUCUGCCCAAAUGAAGGCUGUGUCUGCGGAAUGCCUAGGACCCCCAUUGGAUAGUUCCACCAAGAACAUCACCAAGUCCCUGGCCUCCCUCGUUGAGAUCAAAGAGGAUGGAGUGGGCUUCUCCAUCCGGGACCCCUAUUACCGGGACAAGGUCUCACGGACCGUCAGCCUGCCCACCCGGGGCAGCACUUUCCCUCGGCAGUCUCGUGGUGGCACAGACACAUCCCCUCUGACCCGAAGAAAGUCUUAUGACCGGGGGCAGCCAAUCAGAUCCACAGACAUGGGAUUCACACCUCCAUCAUCACCUCCCACUCGGCCCCGCAAUGACCGCAACGUCUUCUCUCGUCUCACCAGCAAUCAGAGCCAGGGGUCAGCACUGGACAAGUCUGAUGACAGCGACUCCUCUUUGUCGGAGGUCCUGAGGGGCAUCAUCACCCCCAUUGGCGGCGCCAAGGGAGCGCGGACGGCCCCUCUGCAGUGUGUCUCCAUGGCCGAGGGCCACACCAAGCCUAUCCUCUGCCUGGACGCCACCGAUGAGUUGCUCUUCACGGGGUCCAAAGACCGUAGCUGCAAGAUGUGGAACCUGGUAACAGGGCAGGAGAUCGCGGCUCUCAAGGGCCACCCCAACAACGUGGUUUCUAUCAAAUACUGCAGCCACUCCGGGCUGGUGUUCUCUGUGUCCAGCUCCUACAUCAAAGUGUGGGACAUCCGGGACUCGGCCAAGUGCAUUAGGACCCUCACAUCCUCGGGCCAGGUGAUCUCAGGAGACGCUUGCAUAGCCACAUCCACACGUGCCAUCACCAGUGCCCAGGGCGAGCAUCAGAUUAACCAGAUGGCCCUCAGCCCCUCAGGCACCAUGCUGUAUGUGGCCUCUGGCAAUGCCGUCCGCAUCUGGGAGCUUAACAGGUUCCAGCCCAUUGGCAAACUGACCGGCCACAUCGGCCCAGUGAUGUGCCUGACAGUCACUCAGACUUCGAACCAGCAUGACCUCGUGGUGACCGGCUCCAAGGACCACUAUGUGAAGAUGUUCCAGCUGGGCGACUGUGUGAUGGGCACCAUUGGCCCAACCCACAACUUUGAGCCCCCGCACUACGAUGGUAUCGAAUGCCUGGCCAUCCAAGGAGACAUACUGUUCAGUGGUUCCAGGGACAAUGGCAUUAAGAAGUGGGACCUGGAACAGCAGGAACUCAUUCAGCAAAUCCCCAAUGCUCACAAGGACUGGGUGUGUGCCCUGGCCUUCGUUCCUGGCCGACCCAUGCUGCUGAGCGCCUGCCGGGCAGGCUUCAUCAAGGUCUGGAAUGUGGACAACUUCACCCCCAUUGGUGAGAUCAAGGGCCAUGACAGCCCCAUCAAUGCCAUCUGUACCAACAGCAAGCACAUCUUCACGGCCUCCAGUGACUGCCGGGUAAAGCUGUGGAAUUACGUCCCUGGACUCACCCCCUGCCUUCCUCGCCGAGUCCUGGCCAUAAAGGGCCGCGCCACCACCAUGCCCUGACCCCUCCCCAAGCCCCUCCCCUUUCCUCUCUCAUUCUUCCCCCUCUUGCCUUUUCCUGUCUUUCUCCGCCUCGAUCUGAGCUGCUUCUUCACGUGACCUAACAGUGAAGUUCUGGAGCAUGCGGCGGCUACCAGCAGCCCACCCGUGAAGUUAGGACCGGGGGUGGCCAGACCCUCAGACCCAGCGGCCUGCACAGCAUGGAAAGGAAGCUGUGGCCUGACCUGCCCAGACCAGCCAGGGGCACCGAGGACAGAGGGUGUGGCCCUCCUCUUGCUCUGCUUCCCCUCACCAUCCCCUCUGUCCCUCCCCUGCCUCCUGAGAAAGGAGAGGCUGGGGAGGGAAUAAGCUGUGAAGCCAAAGGGUAUGACCUCCCCUCCAUACUUCCUUGCCCUCCCCCCAGCUGGCCACAUCCUGCUGAGCCAGUCCUCCUGCCCUUCCUGUGAGCCCUCAGCCCGGGGUGACACUGUGAGGGAGCAGUCCUAACCCCACCCCCACCCCCCGUCCCCCCUAUCCAUCCUCCAGUGAGCUAGCCUCUUCCAUGUCUCCUAGCCCCACCUCUGGAGCCACUGCACCUGCCUCUGAGCCCACCAAGGUAGUUCUCAGGUAACCAUGGAAACCAGAUGUAAGCAGCCGAGUCCUGCAGCUGACCCUAAGCCCUAUGGCCGCCAAUAACCAACCCCCGUGGGGCCCAGUCUUUCCUUGGGGUCCCCUUCUGCUGAGGCCUCAGUGAAGCUGCUUAAACAAUUCUUCGGGGGGGAGGGGAGAAGGUCAGCAAUACUACAGUUAUUUAAUUUAUUGGUUUUUUUUAUUUUUAUGUUUUGCUGUUGCCUCCUGGAAACUGACUUGAAGUUUCUUCUCAUCUUCUUCCCUCUGUUCUUGGAGGGGGGGGGUCUUCUCUUUGGCGCUCCAGCCCCCUUUCCGUCCACCCCCCUGCCUCCGCUUGGUGUGCAGAGGAGGGAAAGGCUCCCCUUUGCAGCUCUGGCCACUGCCCCAGCUCCGCCCCAUCCCGGCUCCGCCCUACCCCGGCUCCGCCCCACACUCCGGCUCCGCCCCACCCCGGCAUACCCUCUAGUAUAGUUCAGGUCUCUAGGCCGCUUGAUGCCAUAGUGCCUUCCUCCAUCCUGAGGCCUGGCAUCAUGCUGGGCAGCCUUAUGCCAACCAUGCCCACAGCCCACAUGUGUCUUCUUCUUAUGGGCCUCGUGCCCACAGACCCUGAGGGUCAGAGAAUCCACCCAAGACCAACAGGCCAAGACCAGGGAACCCAUGCUCCCUAGAGUCCUGUGUGGUCCAACGGGGUCCUGUCCACUAGGUAGCGGGUUGGGUAAUAAAGACCAACCUAACCCCUCCCCAGCUAAUUAUGUUUCCGUCCCAUGGGGACAGGGAGCCUCCUCAGCUUCUUUUCUUUAGUUGUUCUAGAAACAGAUUUCCAAGCCUUAAAACCAGCCUGGGCCAAAGGCCCUCCCUUUUAGAUUGGCAAGAGGAGGUUCACACUCUUUCCUUGCUUCUCCCGCGCGGGGCUGUGGACUCGGCUGCAGGGAUGAGGUGGAAUCAGUGUCUGGCGCCCCCUAUCGGAACAACUCUGAAUUUGUAAGAUUAGACCUUGAAGAGGGGUCAACUCCAUCCCUCAGCCCUGGCUUCCCCUGCCCUUCAGCUGCUCCACACUUAUCUUCACUGGUCAUGUGCUUCCCGGUCUCAUUCCGGAAGCCGUGAACCUCAGCUCCAUUCAGAGGACAUGGUGACUUUGUGGACUUUGGAGAGUUUGCGUAGCGCCUCUGCACUUAGCUCUUCUCCCUCUGCGGCCGGGUACAUUGGUGCCUGUCCAUGUGGCCCUGGGAUGGGAGGGUCCCUCCCUGCCGCGACAGACCCUCUCUGAGUCAUCCCAGAGCUGUGUCUGAGGCUGAAACUAAGAUGAUCGUCCUGCUUAUCGAUGGCCCCUGCCGGACACGGUGUUAAGUCUGCGUAAGUGGAUAUUCACAAUGAUGCAUCUGACAGCUGGAACCUGGACAGUGUCUCUGCCAUGACCAGAAAUCCUCCUUCCUCUGCUCAUCCCAGGAGUGCUAAGGAACUGCCUUAGUGCUCAGAAGUGACCACGUCUUCUCCUCCACCCCUCUCCACCUGAAUGGAAAGCCUGGACCUUCCAUCCUGUAAGAAAACCCAGAACCUAUCUGCAUGACUGUUUACAAACUACAGAAACACAUGAGACUUAUUCUGACCCCACGGUCUGGGCUGCCCCAGCCUGGGGUACCUGUACUGUAUAGCUGCAAGGCCAGUUCCUGUACAAAGCAUGUGGUCUUACAGCCCCGUGAGAGGUGCUCACCGUCAUUGCCCCCUCAGCCAUUGCUGAUGGGUCACUACCUCAUGACGGGGCUGCUAUGCUGUCCCAGCGAGUGUCGUUGACUAAACUUGAAAUCCUCUGGAGCUCUGAGCGCAUCAUCGUCCCCAAGGCAUUCUGCACUGUGUCCUGGGAAUGGUGGAGUCCCUGCCCACUCUUUCAGGGGUGUCCAAGGUACAGGGUCAGGGGCAGACCCCUAGCUCCCCUCACUGCACAAGCGUCCUACGCGUUGGAAGCACAAACUGGUUGUGACUGAGCACAAUGGCAGGUCUCUGGGUAGACGGUAUGGGCAAGCUUGGGCCCAGGAGGCUUUUCCCAAAUGGGCUGAGUCUUAAGUUAGACUAGGGAUGUCCAUGUGUCUGGCUGACUCACCCGUGUACUUCUGGGACUUGUCAUAUUCUUGUACCCCAUCCUAAGACUUGAGGCCCAGGCCACAUCUGUAUGCUAGGGGGCCCUCCCUAGACCCCCAUACCCCAGGCCUUUAAAAACCUGCAUAUAGCUGUACCCCCACCAUACUGAGCCUGAAGAGCCUGGACCCAGGCUCCCAACGCCUGAACUAACCUCCACAUCCAUGCUUCCGAAGCUGAUCGGCUUCCACCUGGAUGGAACUUGUCUACUGUCCCCAUUCUCUUAGGCCUUCUCUGCACAAUCCCGGGCCAGGACCCGUUCCAGUAUUAACCAGUUCAGUGUUUGCUCUUGUUGAAGAGACUUGACUCUGCAGCAGCCAAAUCCUGGAAGGCUGUGCCUGGAGCAGCCUUUAGAGACUGCCAAGGAGAGAGAGAAGGCAAAGAACAAGAGGCCGACCCAGCCUAGCCCUUGAUGUGGUCAGAGCACCACCACUGGCUACUUGAAAAGGGACAGCUAUGGAUCUGGGAGUAGCCUUCCACCCUUGCGCCAGCUGCAGGCUUGGAACUGUCUGAGGCUGUGUGGCUUGGGCAGAGGGUAGUUUAAAGCACAAACCCGCGUGAGAGGCCACCGCCUCGCUGGGGCGUUCUCCCGCUACCCCUUGGGGUAGUAGCAUGGGCAGGAAGCUGCUGGGAAAUCGGGGCAUCACCCUCUGUCCCGCCCUCUCCCAGUUCCUGGAGGCUUCCCCUGGAGUCUGGUCUGGGUGCAGCCACACACCCUUGGCUGAGCCUGCUUUGUUUGUGUGGGCAGGACCUGCCCUGCAGGAGCAGUGAAGUCCUUCCCAAACCUGGGGCAUCUGUCCCUUUGUCCUUUCAAACAAGACACUGCUGUCGUGGCUUCCUUUGCUGAGCGGCUUCCUUUGCUGAGCGCAGUGGCCGGUGACCCCACCGAGCUUCCCUGAGCCCAGCCAGUCCCUCCUGACUCCCAAGUCUUCACUGCUCCUUAUGCGCAAGAACAGAGUGUGCAGGGGAACUUGUCUCUUUGACAUCUUUGUUCUGUCUCCUGUGCCCACCCCCUUCAUCUCCAGCUCCCAGUUGACCUCCUUGGCUUCCUCCCCUCCACCUUCAAUCCUAAGGCUUUGUCAGAAAGGGGGAAGUUGGUCCUGCUGAAAAUCAGAAAAGACCACUGAUGUCUUGCUGCCCUGCCCUGCCCUGCCACCAGCUCUUAAAGCCGUUGCCCCUGCCCAGGCUGCCCCUGCCCAGGCUGCGGGGGGGUGGGGGGGUGGGGGGGAGUCCCUUUUGGCCCCUGCGCUCUCCUGUCACAUGGUAGCACAAGGUGUGUAUAUGUUUUGUACCUCUGCUGAUGACUGUACAUAGUGUAUGAAAGUUAUUUAAGCCUCAUGCUGUACAUUUCUGUUCUGGAAUUGGAUGUGUGUGCUCUAAGGAUUUGUCAUAAAUAAAACCCGAAUGAUCAUUGUCUGCA